CUAAACGUCAUCUUCUUCUCCUCUGAACAAUAGUUUCCCUUCCGUUAAAAAACUUUCAUUUUAAUGGCUUUUUUCCUACUUAUGAGCAGAUAUACCCAUUAAUCCCCCCAUCCCUGUUCUUCUCUCACUCUCUCUCUCUACAACCCCUUUUCUUGAACUGUAAAAAGCUUCCAAAUUGUCACCACCGCAAAGAAUUAAGAAGAUGAUAUAAAGAAAAUUUUGUAUUUGAUUUGGAAAAGCGAUCUGCUUUCUUUGAAAAAUCCAUUAUUUUGCUUCAUAUUCCUCUUUCUUCGCUGAAAUUCUAGGGUUUUCCUUUCUUUCUGCGUUGAGAGGCGAUGGCUGCGGUGGCGGAGAGCGCGAUCGGCUCUGAAAACCAGUUGAUGCACUGCAACCCGGCGACUUCUGAAUCGGAAUCGGAGUAUCAGAAUGAUGUGAGGAAGCUGGUCGACCUUCUCUCUAAAUUGAAUCCAUCUGCGAAGGAGUUCGUUCCUUCUUGGAGAAAAUCGGAUGGCCGAUUAUCUGCAGACGCGCCGCUCUUCGUCGGUUCGCCGGAGUAUUAUAACAGUAGAAAUGAGUCCAAUUAUGGGAGUUGUAGUAAGGAUUGGAGCAGUGAUGGAUCGUCCAACAAUCAGCCGAUGAAUCGAAGGCGUUUUGGGCAGAGGAGGAAUGGUUAUAAUCAGGGGAGGAGGAGGAUAAGCGAUAGGGUUAGAAGAGCUGAAAGAGAGGAAAGCAUAAAGAGAACUGUUUAUGUUUCUGAUAUUGAUCAAAAUAUUACAGAAGAACAGCUUGCUGAAUUGUUUUCCUACUGUGGUCAAGUAGUUGACUGCCGGGUUUGCGGCGAUCCCCACUCGAUUCUCCGAUUUGCAUUUGUCGAGUUCGCCGAUGAGGAGGGUGCUGUGGUAGCCCUUAAUAUUGGGGGACUUCUGCUUGGUUACUAUCCUCUUAAAGUCUUACCUUCAAAGACUGCUAUUUUGCCUGUGAAUCCUAAGUUUCUACCAAAGUCCAAUGAUGAAAGAGAAAUGGUUGUGAGAACAGUCUACUGUACAAAUAUUGACAAGAAGGUUACACAAUCUGAAGUAAAACAGUUCUUUGAACAAGUUUGCGGCGAGGUUUCCCGUCUGCGUCUUCUCGGCGAUAACGUACACUCCACUAGGAUAGCAUUUGUUGAGUUUGUUCAGGCUUCGAGCGCCAUUUUGGCACUGAACUGCAGCGGCAUGUUCCUCGGAUCUCUUCAAAUCAGGAUUAGUCCGUCGAAGACGCCGGUGAGGCCGCGCAGCCCUCGAGCAGGAUCACACUAACGUGGUGGAUGAGGGGCGAAAACUAGAGCGAAUUCUGUUUGUUGCGAAGAGCUUGUGGAGUCAUAACUCAUCUUUGAGAGAAAUCAUGUUUGUUUUAUUCUUCAGAACAGGUUUAGAAGCUGUUAUAUCUUAGGAAAGAAUUUUCUCAUUGUCUUCAUCUUCUUCUCCUUUUGUUUAGGGUUUUUUAAAUGUUUGGGAGCCUUCAGAACUUAGGAAGAACUUGUCAGAACUUUAAUGGAGUUGAGUUAUGAUUA